GCAUAUUUGGAUUAAGCCCAAAAUCCACUUACAAUCUGGAUGUCCAAGUCGAGACCUCGGCGCGAUGAGGCGGGACCCUGCUCCUCCGGCGCUGCAAUGGGCGAACCCGAAGCCCACAAGCUCUGGAUCCACUGCAACUGCUGCUGCGAGCUGUUCGCCACAAAGAAGUCCGUGUUCUUCCUCCUCGCCUGCCACCACGUGUCCUGCGAGCGGUGCAUCAAGGUGGCCGCCGGACGUACGCCCAGCGACGCCCCAAUCUUCGGUUGCCCCACCUGCAAGCAGAGCGUCCGGGGCCGCCAGGUGAACAACGCGAUGCCCAACAACUUCAAGCACUUGUUCCACCCGGAGCCCUACGGACUGACCAACGACUUCGUCGAGAAGUUCCAGCGGGGCAACCACCGCCACUUCGACAAGCACAAGGAGAAGAAGGAAAAUGAAAUAGACAAAUUGUACACGGACAUCGAUCUGGUAAAAUCCGUGUGCCAGAAACGCUUCCUAGAGUUGCAGAUGAUUCGCAUGGAGCGCAAAAGGAUGGUUCAGCGGUCGCGGCAAUUGAAAGUGCAAGUGGCGAAUGAAAAGGCGCAAAAGCAAAGGAUUUCUCAGGCCAAGAAAAAUUCGACAUUCUUCGCACAGGAGUCAGUCCUGAGGUGCGCUCGUGGUGGUGGAACCUCGCAAGUCUCAACAAGACAACGGAGUUGGAAGGAAUCGGGCCGAAGUCCUUCGGCCAAACGCAGAAAGGUCACCAGCUUCAUCCACCAGCCGAACAACUCGUUCAACUUGUAA